AGCUGUUAGCAUAUAUAACGGCGGCCAUGACGUUAGGCAACGUGUUCCAUUCCCACUCGAAGCGUUACCCUAAUGCUGUCCGUUAGCCCUUCUGCUCGAGGAUUGUAUGACAGAAUUAUGUCUUCCAUCAACACCUUAUGUCUACUCAGAAUGUUGGCUUGGUUGGCUCAAAAGAAGUUUGUCAUUGGCAUGCUACUGCUGACCUUUGGGAUUUACAUUUAUCACUUCCAGCCACAAAUGUUUGAUUAUUUUGACACCAGCCCAAACAACGCGGACAGCUUAUUCCUUACUCAGAAGAGCUACAAAUGCGACAAGAAAUGGAACCAAUGGUACAAGGACUUUCACGCAAAAUCCCUCGCGUCAAACGACAAGAAUCGCAAGUUCCUAGUAUAUCAUUGUCUAGGGCACAAAGGGGGAUGCGGUGGCUAUGGCAACAGAAUGGCAGGCUUGGUGUCCACCUUUUACCUGGCAAUACUGCUCAACAGAACAUUCCUCAUUCAUUGGGGCGGCCCAGAACUCCUGGACUCGUUACUGGAACCGAACAUGAUAGACUGGCGUUACGAUAAGAGGAAGAUUAAUGGUGUUCCUGAGAGGACGUCCUACUGGGGCAUUGAGCGCAUCGAGGGUUAUGAUAGGUAUCAGCUCUUUAGGCUAGAGUCGGGUUUUCAUCACUGGGUUCAGCAUGUUAACUUUAUACAGUACUUUGAUCUCAAUGUGGAGCACGUCGAGACGCUAUGGUACUACGCCUAUCAGCUAUGGGAUAACCCCACCUUGAGAAAGCAGGCAAUGGAUUAUGGGAUACCUCUUCGGAGAAAUGAUUACCCAUACGGGCUUGCGGGCUGCGCUAUGAACUUUUUAUUUAAGAAAUCUAAAGCGCUUAGAAGGGAUUUUGCUAAGGUGAAGAGUUCGAUAAAAAUUAAUAGGCCAAUGAUUGGGAUUCACAUACGAACAAGUGAUCACCAUUUUGGAAGUGAUAAUCCGAACAGUUACCGCACACGUGAUCCACUAAGAGUCUUCGAGUGCGCUAAACGCGUUGAAAGCGCUCUAAAACGUAAAAAUGCGCAGUUGAAAAACGUUCAAUUUACGUGGUUUCUAGCUGCUGAUGACAAAAAGCUCAAGGAUCAGGCGUUAAGACUUUUUCCCAAUAAAGUGGUCACACUCCGCUUGACUCCUAUGCAUUUGGAUCUUAUUGAGAAGAAUUACCAACAGGCUUUACACGAUCUGCUGCUAGACAAGCUUAUGUUGCUAGAAUGCGACUUUUUGAUAGGGACAACCUCUAGUACGUUCACUAAUAUAGCGUUAGGCACAAGGCAGUUUCCUAGCAAAAGUUUUGUGUACGGAGAGAGAUGUGAACUUGAUGAAAAAGCAGUCGCCCUCUCUCCCCCUCCCACUGACUAGAUAAAAGGAUACACACUAUAUGUAACUCCGAAUUUAGAUUCAAUUGUGUCUUUGGGCUCCUUGUUUAAAUACAUACAUGUGUCUAAUUGGGGUAUUUGGACCGUGCCAGCAUGCAAAUAUAUCAUGACCAGCCUACUGACUAGAUGGGUCAAAUCAAAGAAAAGCUGAACUGUUGAAUAACUUGUUCUUAUAUGGAUCUGAACUUCAUGGAAUCUUUAAUACAAAUUUACACUUUUUUAAAAAUGAAUUGUUAAACAAUAAAACGAAAAAAUAAUUAUA